UGAUUACGUCAAAGAUUCGUAGUGAUUAGUAGAUUCGAACCUCAUUAACUUCACGUCAAAAACACGCUUUCAUUUCCCAUAGUUUAUUGUUGUUCAGGUCACCUAAAUACCGUCUUCUUCCUUACGUCAAUAACCGGACCAACCCGGUCCAACCCUAACCGGAAAGGGUUUAUCAACUCACACCAGCUCUCUAAAACUUAAAACCAAAAAAAAAACAAAAUCCGAUCACAAACUAAACCGAUGGAAAUCACCGGACGGCGAAUGAGAAGAUUCGGAAGAAACCGCGAAAACGACGACGGUUCCGUCCUCCCCACGCGAGACGGAGGCGGCAACGGCAACGCUGAAAACGAAGCCUCGUGCUGCUACUGCGAUCUCAAAAUCACGAUGCUCAACGAACCAAUCUCCCGCCUCGGGAGACGAUUCUCCGGCGCGAUGAAGAUCUGGUUCUCGAUCGGACUCGGAUUCGGCGUCGCCUCUCUCCUCCUCGUCACCCUCUUCCUUCUCCUUCAGUUCCACCCUAAACCCCUCUCCAACCGCCUCGCUUCCUCCGUCUUCGGUUUCUCUCCUUCCACCCGUGUGUCACUUUCGGGCUUCGUCUAUGUGUUUGUUUCAACUGUCGUUACUGUUUUGGUUCAUGAACUUGGUCAUGCUCUUGCAGCUGCUAGUGAAGGGAUACAGAUGGAGUACAUUGCUGUUUUCAUCGCAGCGAUUUUUCCGGGAGGUCUUGUAGCUUUCGACCAUGAUCUCUUGCAGUCACUUCCCAGCUUUAACGCUCUUCGUGUUUACUGUGCUGGUAUCUGGCAUAACGCUGUGUUCUGUGCACUCUGCGCGUUCGGUUUGUUUCUCUUGCCUGUGAUGCUGUCUCCCUUCUACAAGCACGGUGAAAGCCUCGUGGUUGUGGAUGUGCCUUCUAAGUCUCCGUUGUUUGGUUACUUGUCUCCUGGAGAUGCUAUCGUGUCCUUGGAUGGGAUUCGGGUUUAUAAACCUAGCGAGUGGCUUGAACUGGCAGCGAUUUUGGAUAAGCAGAACACUGAGACGUCGAAUGCUUCGUUUGGAGGCUCAAGGAGGUUUCAUCACGGGAAGGGUUACUGUGUCCCUGUCUCUCUGAUUGAAGAAGGGUUCAAGGGGAAGAUGGUUGAGAACAGAUAUGUUUGUCCUGGGGAUCUCACUCCAUUUUCAACUCUGCCAUGCUCGGGUGUAGCUGCUUUAAAAGAGGUUUCUGUUUGUUUGGAUGCUAAGGAUAUCGUCAAGCUUAACAAAUGCGGUGAUGGAUGGGUGACAACAUCAGAGCCUGAUGAUCAUAGUGGCUGUGUGUGUCCACAGGGGGAGAUGUGUUUACAAGCAAUGCAAUCUCCAGGCGUGUCGUGGACAGAGAUCACUUAUAUAAGAACCUCAUCACAGGAUUGUUCCAGACUUGAUCUGGAUUUCAAUGCCUCGAGUUGUGUCGGGACGUUUGUAUUUAUCGGUGAUCUGAUCGCCAUGUCUCGUUCAGUUCAGCUAACCGCGUACCAACCUCGUUGGCUAUUUAACUACUUCUUCAAAUCCUUACCGGAUGUCAUAGAAAGGAGCUUGACCUGCACGUUUCACGUCUCUCUCGCACUAGUUCUUCUCAACAGCUUACCUGUGUAUUACCUUGAUGGUGAAUCCAUUUUGGAGUCCAGUCUACAAUAUUUCACAUGGUUAAGCCCGAGGAAGAAGAAGAAAGCUCUUCAAAUAUGUCUUUUUGGAGGGAGUCUCCUCUCUCUCCUCGCCUUCUUCAGAAUCUUCUUCGUCGGUUUACCUCUGAGUGAAUAGUAAAUGCCUACGAAUUUAUGAAUCUCGACCAAGAUUAGCCUCGAGUGCCUUGAACAUUUGAAGUUGAUGCAACUACACUCAGAUUGGCCGGUUACAGAAGAACAUGAAAUAUGGAAACUUUGGGUCAUGUUGGGACUUGGGAUUGUUCAUGUUUUGAUCUCUCAUUCACUGUAGAUAGAGUUGUAUAAAAGCUAAAUCAGUUACAUAUAGAAGAGUUCUUUUAUUAACAGUUCGUCAAAUAUUUGUAUUUGCAAGGAGAAAAAGACCAUCAAUUUUUUGUAUUUUGUUUCUAAAUUUGUUUUACAAAUGGUAAUCUGUUAUUCUGUUUCAAA